AUGACCAGUUCAUUUCAAAUCAUAUCUACCCUUCGCUACGAUCCCGCGCUUCCGGACGUGCUCAACUAUCCCGAUUCCCUACGCACGCCGUAUUACCUCCUACCGUACCAUCAAGACCGACUCCUCCGGGCAGCGCAGUGUUUCAAAUGGCAAGCCGCGAUAGACUUCCUUGAGAGAGACGCAGAUCAGUUCCUCCAGUUUCUAGACUCGUUCAUCCCAGAUAAGACGAAACCAUGGCGUCUUCGGAUUUUGAUUGACCAACAUGGAGUCGGCACGGUAGAGACUACUCCAACGACGACAAUUAACCUCUCGAGCCUUCUUAUUCCUUCCGAAACGCAUGCCUCCCCAUGGCGCGUCUAUAUAGACACAAAACCUACCAAACCCUCUGCGUUCACCACACACAAGACCACCGCGCGAGAAGACUACACAUCCGCACGUCUUCGAUCAGGGAUUUACUCUCCACAAGAGCAAGCCGAGGUGCUUAUAGUGAAUCCAGAGGGUGAAAUAAUGGAAGGAAGCAUCACGACGCCGUAUUUUCGGCGCAGGAACCAUGUCCACACGGAUCAAGCGACCGGGUCGGAUUGGAUCACACCACCUCUCUCCAGCGGUGGCAAUGCGGGCACGACAAGACGCUACGCGUUAACUCAGGGGUUUUGCACCGAACAGGUCAUUCGGGCUACGCAUUUGGUUGACGGCGAAGAGUGCUGGCUCAGCAAUGGGGUUCGGGGUUUCAUUCGUGGGAUAGUCGUGCUUGAUGGCGGUGCUAACCUUCCGUAG